GCGCAAAACGCCUCACGUGAAGGAGAGGCGGUGUACCACCGCCGUCCUAGCGCGCCCGGACCGCGGCGUGACGUGCGGAGUGGGCCUCUCGGAGCCCACUGGACGCGCCUCCAACCGAACCACCGCGCGCCGGGGGCUGCACCCCAGCCUGCCCAGCCUGCAAGCACCGGGGGGCUGCCUCACCAUGGACCCGCGCCCGGCCAUGAACCGGCGGCCGUCGAUGCAGGAGCUGCCGCGCAUCCGGCGAACGACGGGGUCGACGCGCGCGAGCAUUGGGAGAGACGACGACGAGUGGGCCUUCAGUCCCCUGCCGCAGAACGCCGCCGCGCCGCGCGAGGCGCAGCCCCACGCGGACCACUACGCCUACGACGCUAAAUCCAAAAGAUGGCGCCGGCGGACGGCCAAAGUCAGUCCCAUGAACUUGGUCGAGGAGAUCUCCGUGAGUAAAAUGAAUGAAAGGCGGCGAUACUGCUAUGAGACGGCCGUGAACUACUGGCGGAAGGUCAUAAUAGGCGUAAACCAGGCGGAAAACCCCAUGAUGCGGCGCGCGCGGCAGGAGGAGACGUUUCCGCGGGGCACGUGGCGCUUCAACCCGCGCGGCGCGUGCUUUUCUGCGUGGUCGAUCACGAUGAUCCCCUUCCUCUGUUACGUGGCGCUGGUGACGCCCUUCGAGAUCGCGUUCAUUUCGAGCGACGCGACGCUGUUCUAUAUUAAUCUCAUCGUGGACAUUUACUUCUUGGUCGAUUUACUGGUGAAUUUCAACCUCGCGUUCUAUGACCGGGAGCGGGAUCGCUGGGUCCUGCAUCUGUGGCCCAUCGCCGUGCAAUAUAUAAAAGGGUGGUUCGUCCUGGAUUUGAUCAGUUGCUUCCCGUUCGAGGCCGUCGUCAUGUUGCAGAGCGGCGCGACGUUCGGCGAGAUCUUCGUGCACUCGAACGACCGCCACAAGUCCGGGUCCAUGGUCAUCCGGAUGGCGAAGCUGCUGCGGUUGCCGCGGUUGUUGCGGAUGCUGAGAUUUGGGAGAGUGAUCUCUCGACUAGCCUCCAAAGUUAAUGUAAGCUUCAAACUGACGACGAUGCUCAAGUACACGGCCCUACUCCUCGUCACGACGCACUUAUUCGCGUGCAUGAUUCGCUUGGUGGGCGCGAUGUGCCCGCAGUAUACUGGUCUCAAGGAGAGAACUUCGCAGCUUUAUGAAUUUGACCAUCUCAACAUCCAUGACCUCAAUGACAAUAUUGUGUAUGAACUAGAUAUGGAGGGCGAGCCCAAGUGCUGGCUCGCGACGGUGCGCUUCCAGAGCCGGGGCCUGUGGUACGAGUACGUCGCGGCGCUCUCCUGGGCGGCCAAAGCUUUUGGGGGAGAAGCCGACGCCAUCACGUUCGGCGAGCACAUGCUGGGCGCGGCGAUCAUGUUGUGUGGGAUGGUCAUGACGGCCCUGUUGAUCGGCGAAAUUGCCAACGUUUUGACGAAUUUUGAUCCCGCCUUGAAUGCGUAUAGGACGUCCAUGGACAACCUGAACCAGUACAUUACCGAAAGGAACAUCACGACGUCCCUGAAAAGGCACCUGAAGGAGUACUACAUUAACUCGGAGGGGUUGUUCCGCAAGACAUAUCACAGGGAGAUGCUGCAAUCGCUAUCACCGGCAUUGCAACGAGCCGUAGCGAAAGAGGAGCUCGGUGGGUAUGUCGCGAAGUUACCGUUCCUGAAUGAUACGGUGCGAUCCGUCUCGGGACUUAAGGUAGGUACCCUUGUGGUCGUAGCCCCGUCCGACGUCGAGUUCACGGCCCACGGCGAGUUGUACGCGAGGAUCAAGUCGCUAGAUAAGGUACUCAGAUACACAGUACACUAUGGAGAAAGGUGGGACGGCGGGCCGCACAUCGAGACCGGUGUCACGCAUAGUCGAUUGAGGUUACCGUCCUCGAGUCCCUGGUUGCGGAGGUUCGAGUCCGCGAACAGGGAGUGCCAGACGCUCGUGACGGAGAUCUCGCUGGCCUUGAUGCCUAGACUAUACGCCGCGAAGGAGUUUAUCGUCCGCGGCGGUCAAGUGAACGACCAGUUAUCGCUCAUGUUCGAGGGGUCCGCCUUUAGAAUCAGGGCGAGAGCGUCGUGGCACGACGAGGGCGACGGCGGGCCGAAUGAUUAUGAUGCGAAGAAAUAUGGGGAUGCGCGGCAUCCGGAGGACGGCGACGGCUUCUCCGAAGGUUUGAGUUCGGGCGAGUUCCUGUCGUCGAGGAACCACGACGUGAUUGGGGUCGAUAUUAUUCAUGCUUUGGUGGGCCAGCCGAUGCCGUCGACGCAUCAUGUGGCGGCUAUUGGUCACGUCUUCGUGAACGCCUUGUCGGCCGAGACGCUGGAGCGGAUCAUGUCCCAGGAGGCCUGUCCUAAAUUGUUGGCAGCUACUCGUAGAUUAGCCGGCUGGCAACUCUUCCGGGUCGGUGUUUUUAGGGUCGGUGCGUACGCCGCGCAGGAGCGCCGAGCUCGACUUAGGUAUUACAACGCCGCGUACCUGUGCCAGAAACUUGCGCUACGAGUCCAUCAUCGAGAAGUCCUCGCGAAGCGACGCAAGUCGAAGAUCAAGGAGGACCCCCUGACGCUAGCCAAGCUCACGCGACCCUUCAAGCCCCAGCUCUGGCGCCGCGCGAAGGUGAAGGACUGCGACAUCCUCACGAAAAGACCGGAGUCCGACGAGUUCCACGCGGGCCAGAAGGUUUAUGUCCAACUCGGACAGGGCGAGAUGCGUCCCGCGGAAGUGGUCUGCGAGUUACGAAUACGCACCACGCACGAACGGCGAGACCUCGACAUCGCGGAGAACGAGAAAACGUCGGGGGAUGACGAGAUAAGGUACACCGUAAGGCUCCCACGAACGAGACAAACCGUAUCCAAAGAAUCCGUCGCGCACGACGUCGACGCUUUACUAAAAAAAGGCGAGAUGACGACGGUGUCUCCACCGAAAGCCCAGUCCAUGAUGCAGAAAACUCAAAGCAUGCUGUCGCCCGCGUCGCGCUUCCAGAAGACGCAACUCUCAAAGGGCGACCUCGUGUACGCGCGCUUCGCGGAGAACAUGGCGCCGCAGCGGGCGCGCGUCGUCGAGCUCAAGGGGGACGGGAGGAUCGAAGUCAGCUUCCAGAACGUCGACGUGGUCGUGGAACGAAAUGCGAUCACGCUGCGGCACCAGCCCGGGAGCACUGUUACUAUAAGAGAGCCCGGGUGUUUUCUCGAGCGGUCGGAGGCCUUGGCGACGAUCUGCACGGUGGAUGCCGACGGUUAUUAUUCUUGUUUAUAUGAGAACGUGCCCGCGACCUAUGUCACCAGUCGCUUUAGGAGGAACAACUGGUGCUGGCUCGAGGUCGAGCGGGCGGUGUCCCAGAUCACGACGGCCUGGCGCAAGAUGGUGACGCUGGACGUGCACACGGAGCAGCGCGAGGCCUGGCUGGGCGGCGAUCUGGGCGGGGACGUCCUGGAGCGGGUUCGGCGCCUCGAGGCGGACGCGCGGGCGACGUCGGGCAAACUGGACGCGCUCCUGGCGCACCUCAAGGUGCCUGCACCUCAGGGUAAUUAAUCAUACAUAACUGAAGGGCAG